AUGGCUCAGAAUAAGUACGUACAAGUAACAAUCUUCGAGCCUGUUGCAAAAAGUUCAACCGAGAGUGUCCAUGGGUACUCAGCGAAAACUUUGAGUACAAUUCACGAAUGUGACAGUUUGAAAGUUUCGUACGUUCGAAAUAAUGCACAAAAGAACGUGCCGUCUUCUGUAAACUCGAAAUCAAACGUUGAACGUUUCUCAUCUUGCGAGCAAAGUGUAGAUUCGCCUCGAAACUCCGACAGACACUUUGAUAUCGAUCUGCUGUUAAGGCAUUAUGCACGUAAUUCUAACAUGGAAAAGUCGAUAAACAAAGUUCUCGAGCAGGCGGAUGAGAAAUGCUUGAAUCGUUCGAACGAUCGUUCUGCCAAACGGAUCGGCCAAAAUGUAAACGAAGGUCCUUUGAUCGAAUUGGAUGCAGUAUGCAGAAUCUACAAUUCACUGAAACAAUCGUCAUCCAAGAGUUCUUUGUGGUCUAAGGUUAGAUUUCACGAUACUUUGACUACGUUACAGUCCUUUGUACGUCAAUUUGGUAACAAAACGUUGGAGCAAAUUCUCUCGAGCGAUCCUUCGAUGAAAAUGUGCGAACGAUGCGGAGUAAUUAGUUGCUCGAAAUCAUCGUAUACUUCUGUCGAAUCGCAAAAACUACAAUCCGAAGCUCCUAACUUUUCACGUACGCGAAAAUUGUCGGACGUUCUCAGCAACUGCGACGAUUAUUCCCAAAUGUAUAGGGACACGAAGAACUGUUGUCCUGUGAAAGAAGAAACGACGAAACGUAUUGGAAGAAGAAGAAAUCGUUCUAAUUACAAACAGAAUAAAGACCGCGGGAAAACUUGUGUCUCGAGGGAAGUGAUCGUUAAAGGAAAGAAUCAGUUUUGUAUGAACAACCCGCAAGAAAACGUCGAAGUUAUGGUAGCUGAACGUGAAAACGAUAACGAGACACGCGACGUGAUAAGUGGAAGAAGUUUAAAAAGGGAUACAGUAGAGUUACAGGACUAUUUUAGAAAUUCACAAAUAACAAAGCAAUCUGGUUUAGCAAAGUCUCUCAAAGGAAUCCCAAUAGCAACAAUUAAAAAUAGCAGGUCCCAACAAAUAGAAACUAAUUUUAAGUUUGAAGAUAAAGAUACGACUUUAAGCGGCGCCACUGCCAAUUUGACAAAUAAUUCACUCUGUGACAAAUAUCUCGAUCGAACGGACUGUACAGCGGAGUUUGCGAAUAAUAAACGGGACAAAUGGAAAGCAUUGAGCAAGGGUGAAUUAAGCUUGAACGUGUGCAACGAAAAGAUUGUAAAAAACAUCUCGUAUGAAAAAUCGAAAUCACGGCUAGACGAUUUUAUAGCGCGAAAUCGUGUAAAAAACGUGGAAAAUAAACACGAUCGAUUAAGAAAUGUUCUCGACGAUACGACUCCGUCUAUUAGUGUAAUGACAUGUUUGGCACGUAACCGGGCUGAAUCAAGAGGCGGAGAGAAAAAAGAAUUCGUUUCGCAAUUAUGUGAAAGAACUUGCGGACAUUCUAGACAUCAUACCGACAGACGUGGUUUUCUUUUGCACAAUAAUAAAGAGAAAAAUUCACGUGUAAAUUCUGAAUUUUUAACGUGUGAUGAAUUGCCGCCAUCGGAUAAAAUCACAAAAAAUGUCGCUCUUCCAAAGAAUUCUCAGAAUUAUUUACAAUUCUGCAAGCACAUUGAACCUAUUAGAAAUAUUAAGCAGUUUAGCAGUCCUACGUAUUUAAUGGAGGAUGAUUCGCUGGAAAAUUGUAUCAAGGCUUCUGACACGUUGGCACAGUCUAACGAAAGCAACGCUACAAUAGUUAGUUCCUCGUCUGCAGAAAAUUUGAUACGCGAAUGGAUAAAAGCCCCUCGAAGCAGCAGAGAAAGUAACAUUCACGACGAGACGUGUAAAAAAUCAGGCACUUCGAAGCUUUCUGUAAUAGGUUUGAACGCAGAACCUCGAACAUUCUGGAAUGAUAAAAAAUGCCUCUACUAUGUAAAGAAAUCAAUUGACGAGCAAUAUUUGCAACCUCAUAGCGCUAAGAAAACAUGGCGCUCGGCAUUGUCAUGGAGUCAGUUGAAACUUUGCCAUCCAAGCGGACCAACUGUAUCGAAGACAGCUAUUAAGAACAGUCAGAAAUCGAUAGAUCACAAAAUAGAUACGUCAAACUUCAAAAAAAUUGAAAAUUGUGAGAGUAAAAGGUGUUUCAAGAAACAGUUACUUGGAUGGUUCAAGAGUGCAACAGCUAUAAAAUCCACGAAAUCUAAAAACGUUGACGCAAAUAGAGAAUCUUCAGGGCACUCUGAUAGUUUCUCAGGUGAUUGCUCUGAAAAUAUUACACGUCGAAUUAUUUAUAACGAGUCGUCUUUGAAAAGUAUCAUUGACAAUAAUGAAAAAAGCCAGAAAAUCGAGGACAUUUUACUGCUUUACCGAAAAGUUCUUGAAAAUACAGAAAAAAUGGACUGGCAGAGCUUCCAACGAUUCGUCGAAAGCUUGCACCCUAACAAGAAAGACCUUUGGCGUGAUAUUUGCGAAGCUAUUAAUAACGAAGCGAGAAGAAUUGCCGACACAAAUGAUAAAAACACGGAAGUAUACAUAGAAAUUACUUCAACUCCCUUCGAAGAACUGAAACAGGAGAGAAGAACACGCAGCAAGGAGAUCGUGUUCGAGAUGGACAUAACACUGGGAGAUAUCGAGAAGUGUCUCGGUAGGCAACUGGCUCUCACUGAGAAAGAGCGUCUUGACACCCUUAAGGGAGCCAGUGAAUUUAUUAAAGUUCGAAAUGAUGACGUUUGUGAUAUUGAAGUGGUCUCCAAUCAAGCUGAAUAA